AUGGAGAAGAUGGAAAUUUCUUGUCGGACAUUCUUCUCAAUGGAAGAAGAUGGUACUGUUGCUGGUUUGGACGACAUGAACUUUGGAUUCACUCAAGACACUCGUACUCAUGACGAAGUGCAAGCUAGCCAUAAUACAAAGGGAGCCAAGAGGACAAAGAAUUUUCAUUGGAAGGAAGACGAAGUUGUAUGCUCGGGCUGGUUGAAUGUUAGCAAAGAUCCCAUUAAUGGUGCCAAUCAAUCUUGUUCAACUUUUGGGGAAGAGUUCAUGCUUACUUUGAGAAGCACCGAAAAACUACAGGAGGAAGACAAGUGGAAAGUGAAGAUGAUAGAACUUGCUGAGCUGGAGAAAGAGAAACAAGCAAUCAAGAAAAAACAGAAGGUGUCCAGGCCGAGGGAGGAAGAAGCCACUAAUAAUGAUCAAGUCGUAGAAGUUGAUGCUGAAGAAACUAUACUAAGGAAAAGGCCAGAAGGGAUAAAGAAGGCAAAAGAAAAUUUGAGGCGUGGAGGUGGCGAGGCUUGCAUGGAAGCUUUGGACAAGAUGAUGGCAAAGAAGGAGGUCUUGGACAUGGAAAAGGAGAAGGCCAAAGAGGAGAGGUUCAUGGCUACACUAGAGCUAGAGAAGGCUACACUAGAGCUAGAGAAGAAGAUGGUGGCAAAUGAAGAAAAAAAAGCAGAAGCGAAGCUACUCAAAGAGGAAAAAGAAAUUAUGUUAGUGGACAUGUCCUCCCUCAACCCGAUCCAGCGUGAAUGGCUUGAGACGAUGCAGAAGAAGAUUGUCGAGAGGCAGCAUGAAAAUUAA